CAUGGGUCGAGAAAUGUCAUUUGUAUUCAAUAUGUCUGCUUCCGGAUUCGGCCUUGUUCUUUUUAGUCGUGAUAUUCUGACCGUAUAGAAAUUGUUCAUCUAAUCGGCCAAACGGACACAAAAACACGACACAAUGCCGCAAAAUGAGUAUAUGGAUCGUCACCGUAAAUUGUACGGUCGACGGUUGGAUUACGAAGAACGAAAACGUAAACGUGAAGCUCGUGCACCACGUGAACGUGCAAAGAAGGCACAAAAAUUGCGCGGUAUCAAAGCGAAAUUGUUCAACAAAGAGCGUCGCAAUGAGAAGAUUCAAAUGAAAAAGAAGAUCCAAGCACACGAAGAGAAAAAGGUCAAGAAACAAGAUGAAAAAGUCGAAGAUGGUGCAAUUCCAACAUAUUUGCUUGACAGAGGUGUUCAAUCGAGUGCCAAAGUUUUAUCAAAUAUGAUUAAACAGAAGCGUAAAGAAAAAGCCGGCAAAUGGGAUGUACCGAUUCCAAAAGUUCGUGCCCAAUCCGAUGCCGAAGUGUUCCGUGUAUUAAAAUCGGGCAAAACAAGGCGAAAAGCAUGGAAACGUAUGGUUACCAAAGUCACAUUUGUUGGUGACAAUUUCACACGUAAACCACCGAAAUUCGAACGUUUCAUUCGUCCGAUGGCACUUCGAUUCAAGAAAGCACAUGUCACACAUCCAGAAUUGAAAGCCACAUUCCACCUGCCAAUCAUUGGUGUGAAAAAGAAUCCAAGCUCACCGAUGUUCACCAGUUUGGGUGUCAUCACAAAGGGUACGGUCAUCGAAGUUAACAUCUCUGAACUCGGUUUGGUUACACAAACUGGCAAAGUUGUUUGGGGUAAAUACGCCCAAGUCACAAACAAUCCAGAAAACGAUGGUUGCAUUAAUGCCGUUCUUCUUGUUUAGGCCAACCUUUUGUUCGUUGAUAUUUUCUCUAGUUUUAAGAUAUACACCGACCUCUUUGUACAAUAAAAUGAAUAAAACAAUUUCAAUCGAGAUAAUUGAAAUGAAAAAGAAGA